CGAGGAGUCGAGGGUUAUAAAGCGCCCGCCGCCGCCGCCGCCGCUGCUGUUGGUCCGUCGCCUCUCCAGUCGCCCCCUCGCGAGUCGUGGCCGUCCCGGACGGACCUGCCAGCGCCUCCGGAGCAGCCCCGCUCCCAGUGCCGUCCACGCAGCCGGCCCCUGCCGACCGGGCGGGGGGGAAGCAGCCGGGCCCCGGCGGAGCAGCGCGGUCCGCGAGGAGCAGAUUUAUCAGCCGCUCGAUGGGGAUUCGCAUCUCUUCUUCACCUUUGUGUAGCCAGCAGAACGACUUCAGCACCUCUUCGUUUCUCAUUAUGAAACUGGUAUUAACUGAAUGGCAAUUAUGGAUUUUUAACUCUAAAUCCCAGUAAGCAAAAAAAAAAAAAAAAGAACCACCCCACAACAACAACCACAACAACAAAAGGAAGCCCGCCAAGCCAUAUGUUGGGAAAAAAAUCCUUUCUUUCUACCAAAUAAGUUUGGAUGUUCCUCUACGAAUGUUGGAAAAGCCUUUGUGAAGAUUCGAUGCCAAACCCCCCCAACCCCGUUUUGCUCCUGAGGGAAAUUACAAAUAUUUGCUUGCGCACAAGGAACGGGAUGCCAUGAGGAACAGCGGAAGGCACCCUAAUUUAUUGCAAGAGAUGACAGAAUUAUUUAUAUAGAGAUUUUUUUAAAAAACAAAACAAAAAAAAAGGAGAAAUUUUUUUAAAAUCUAUAUAUAGAGAUAAUAGAUAUAUAGAUAUAGAUAUACAAAAAUAUAUAUUGUAUUUUUUAUGGUGAUGAAAAUGGCUCCCCAGAAUGCUGACUCAGAAUCUAUGCAAGUCCAAGAGCUUCCGGGCGUUCAGCUCCAGAAACCGGAAAAAGAGCGCGAGAGCAAAGAAGAGACGAUUAGCGAAGGAUCCAUAGACCGUAUCCCGGUACGGCUAUGGGUGAUGCACGGCGCCGUCAUGUUUGGCAGGGAAUUUUGCUACGCGAUGGAGACAGCUUUGGUGACACCGGUAUUGUUACAAAUUGGUCUUCCUGAACAGUACUACAGCCUCACCUGGUUCCUUAGUCCAAUCCUGGGCCUGAUUUUUACCCCCUUAAUUGGUUCGGCCAGCGACCGCUGCACCCUCAGCUGGGGACGCCGACGGCCGUUCAUUCUCGCCCUUUGCAUUGGGGUCCUCAUUGGCGUCGCCCUUUUCUUAAACGGAUCCGUUAUUGGCCUUGCUAUCGGAGAUGUCCCAGACAAGCAGCCCAUUGGCAUUGUCCUCACCGUGCUCGGCGUGGUGGUGCUGGACUUCUGCGCUGACGCGACUGAGGGGCCCAUCCGCGCCUAUUUGCUGGAUGUGGUGGACAGCGAAGAGCAGGAUAUGGCCCUCAACAUCCAUGCUUUUUCAGCCGGCCUGGGAGGAGCCAUUGGCUACAUGCUGGGCGGCCUCAACUGGAUGCAGACCAUCUUAGGCAGCCUCUUCAAAUCCCAGGAGCAAGUCCUCUUCUUCUUUGCCGCCAUUAUCUUCUCUGUUUCCGUUGUCCUCCACCUAUGCAGCAUCGAAGAAGAGCAAUACAACCCUCAGCAGGACCGGAUCGACGAUGAAGCGGAGACCCUCUCGAGCGUCAAGAUGAGCGGCAGCCUCCCUCCCUUCAACCGGCUCAACGUCAUCAAUGAGGAGGAUCCUUACGGGAACUCCCUCUUCCCAGACGAGGUCCAGUCCGAACAAGACCUCAACCUGGAGUUCCUGGAGGUGGACAUUGUCAGGAGUAAGAGCGAUUCGGUCCUGCACAUGCCGGACGCCACCCUCGAUAUGGAAUCAGAGCUGCUUUUCCUUCACGAGAUCGAGCCUUCCAUUUUCCAGGAUUCGUCCUCCCCGGCGACGCCGCGCAGCACCAGCCAAGAACUCAUGAAAUCCAAAUUCAACCGCUUGUCCGCUUUCCUCAGGGAGAACGAGAAGGAGGACGAAGUGUUACUUGAGAACCACUUGAACGAGGCCAAAGUCCCCAACGGGAACGGCUCCCUACCAAAAGAUCUCCUGAAUGGGCACAUCCAGGUGGGCAUGAAGCAGUCGUGCACCUCAAGCUCCAUGCGCCGGCGGAGACACAUGUUCUACCGCCAGCCUUCGAACACCUUCUCCUACUAUGGGAAGAUCGGGUCCCACCACUACCGCUUCCGGCGGGCCAACGCGGUAGUCUUGAUCAAGUCCUCUCGGAGCAUGAACGACAUCUACGACAUGCAGAAGAGGCAGCGGCAGAGGUACAGGCACCGGAACCCGAGCGGCGCCACCAAUUCCAGCGGAGACACGGAAAGCGAGGAAGGCGAAACGGAGACCACCGUGAGACUCUUGUGGUUGUCCAUGCUGAAGAUGCCCAAAGAGCUGCUGCGGCUUUGCGUUUGUCACCUCUUGACCUGGUUUUCCAUCAUUGCUGAAGCCGUCUUCUACACCGACUUCAUGGGGCAGGUCAUCUUCCAUGGUGAUCCCAAGGCUCCUUCUAAUUCGACCGAACUGCAGGACUACAGCGCUGGCGUCCAGAUGGGUUGCUGGGGCUUGGUCAUCUAUGCUGCUACUGCUGCUGUGUGUUCAGCUUUACUCCAGAAAUACUUGGACAAUUAUGACUUGAGCAUACGAGUGAUCUACAUCUUGGGCACCCUGGGGUUCUCCAUCGGCACAGCGGUGAUGGCCAUUUUUCCCAACGUCUACGUCGCCAUGAUCAUGAUCAGCACCAUGGGAAUUGUUUCGAUGAGCAUCUCCUAUUGCCCCUAUGCACUCCUGGGACAGUACCAUGACAUCAAGCAGUACAUCCAUCACAGCCCUGGCAACUCCAAGCGAGGUUUUGGCAUCGAUUGUGCCAUCUUGUCGUGCCAGGUCUACAUCUCCCAGAUCCUGGUAGCUUCUGCCCUGGGAGGUGUGGUGGAUGCCGUGGGCACCGUCCGGGUCAUCCCUGUCGUGGCAUCCGUGGGCUCUUUCCUGGGCUUCUUGACGGCCACCUUCUUGGUGAUUUACCCAGAUGUUGGGGAGAGUUUGAAGGAAGAGCAGAAGGCGUUGGCCCCACCUGCCGCAGCCGAAAACAGCGGUGGGAGCGAGGAGAAACCGACGGUGAUCAAACUCAGCCGCGGAAAAGAUCCAGCUGCGCCAGAGGUGGAAAGCGAGUCAGCGGUGUGAAGGCGUCCCGGCCUCUCACACACAUUCCAAGCAAUCCAGAUGCAAAACCCAGAACAUCCUUCAAAGCAACAUUUUGAAUUUUUAGCGGGGCGGCUUCCCGCUGUUUUAAUUUGCAGCAGGGGAUUUUACGGGGGAGAAAGGUCCUUUCGCGCAAUUGCGGAGCUCGGAGAAUUUUCGUGCUGACUGCUUUCUCUACCAUCCAGGGGAAAAAAAAAAAUCUCUGUUUCUUAGAGGUGUUUUUAACGAAGAGAAACACUUUUCGGAUUUCCGAGAUGUUUUUUUUUAAAUCAACAAGCAGGAAAACAUCCUUCUGUUUUUGGGGUUUUUAAAAGUCAUGGCGUUCCUUUUCUCUCUCUUUUUUUUUUUCUUCCCCGUGCCAAUUAUUCAUUUGGACAUUUCAUUAUUUUUUUGACAAUUGGACAGUUUGGGAUUUAAAUUAAGCUGUUCUUACUUCGGCAUUUUUUUCCCCCCCCAGGAAAAAAACAGCUUUUAUUUUGAUCAGGCCGUGUGGUUUUUCUUAAGACAAUCAAUUGCAGCUGGUUGAAAUGUGUGCAUUUGUAGAAUUGAUGCAAUAUUAAAAUCGACAGCUUUCCUUGGUUGGGGGAGGGGGUGUUCCCUCCCCCUCCUCUUCCUCUUUUGAACUUUGGCCUGGAACUCAUUAUUUUGGGAGUCACUGCUAUUUUCGCCCCCAAUUUUAUGCGAAAUUAUUGCAGCGGAGUGAACAGUGGGAGCGCGUGUUCAUUUAUUUAUUUUUAAAUAAAAAUAAAACCCUCAGGCUGAUGGGGUCAUUUUUUCACUUAGGACCCCAGGCAACCUGGAUCCAUAGAAGCUGUUUUGGUGGAAGGAAAGAGAAUUUCAGCCAGUUUGGGAUAGUGUGAAAAAGAACCAGGGCUGCGGGGAGGGAGGGGUAAAGGUAGUGACUAUUGAUAACCCACAAACUGGGUCAAUUUGAAUUUUUCGAUUUUUCUUUUUCCCAGCUUAGUGGCAUUUAAAUGUCCUUAAAUGUCCUCCUUUGCGACAAAGCUGCUUGGGGAAUCUCCAUCGUCAGUCUCUUCAAGGAUGGAUUCCCUUGGGUUUUGUUUUUUUUGGG